GCGGUCUUUCUCUAAACCAGGUGGCGGCGGGUUCAGCUGCCGUUGCGACUCUGUCAGCCAUGGCGAGCUCGGCCUACGAGGACAGCGCGGGGCAGCACGGGGACUCCUUCCUGUACUUCGCCUACGGUAGCAACCUGCUAUCGGAGAGGAUCCACCUCCGAAACCCCUCGGCAGAGUUCUGCUGCGUGGCCCGCCUUCAGGAUUUUAAGCUUGACUUUGGCAAUUUCCAAGGCAAAACAAGUGAAAGGUGGCAUGGAGGUAUAGCUACCGUUUUUCAAAGUCCUGGCGAUGAAGUGUGGGGAGUGGUAUGGAAAAUGAACGAAAGCAAUUUAAGUUCCCUGGAUGAACAAGAAGGGGUUAAACAUGGAGUAUAUGUUGUAAUAGAAAUUAAAGUUUCUACUCAAGAAGGGAAAGAAAUAGACUGUCGCAGUUACCUGAUGACAAACUAUGAGAGUGCUCCUCCCUCGCCACAGUACAAAAAGGUUAUUUGCUUGGGCGCAAAGGAAAAUGGUUUACCCCUGGACUAUCAAGAGAAGUUAAAAGCAAUAGAACCAAAUGACUAUAAUGGAAAGGUCUCAGAAGAAAUAGAAGAUAUCAUCAAAAAAGGCGAAGCCAAACUGUAGAACCUAACAAUACAACUGGACAUACUCAAUGUACUAUUAGGCAGUAUUUUUAAUAUUUGGAGAACAAGGCUCUGGGAAAGCUUCUGAUUUAAUCUGCUGAUUAUCAACAGUGCUGGGAAGGGUGUCUCACUUGGGUGAUUCCCUAUUUUCUGACUACCUGGGUCUUGAAUUAGACAGUUACAAAUGGGUGAGUUCCUGGAAUGCAUGGGUACUUGGUGUGGGUUCUCCUGAGAACACCUAGAACAACGAUCUCAAGUUGAUCAUGUCUUCCUGCUUUGUGAGGAAGGGUAGAUUUACAUCCCACUGGAUGACAGUGCUGGUAAAUUGCUUUGCUCUGUAUGAGCAUUUCUUUAAAUGAUCAACUUCAGAAGAGUAAGGAAAUUGCAGAGACAGUUGAUUAAAAAAAGUUUAAAAAUUGAAAAUGGCUUACUGUUCUUAAACAAAUAAAUAUAUUUGUG